AUGCUUAAAACUCGUCGUUGGUUUCGCGUAUUUAUUUUUCUAUGUGUUUGGAUUUUUUGUGCUUCUGAAAACAAUAACGAGCUUCCAGUUAUAUGGACUGAGUAUGGACCAAUUCGUGGAGAGAUUUUAAGCUCCGGAUUUUUUUCUAAAUAUUAUAGCUUUAAAGGAAUACCAUAUGCAAAACCGCCUAUAGGAAAUCUACGAUUUAUGCCGCCACGCGAACCUGAUUCCUGGACCGAAGUGAGAGAUGCACUUGCACACGGAAAUCAUUGUCCAGGAAAAACUAUAGUUUCCACUGGAAUUAAUGAAGAUGAGGAUUGCUUGUUCCUCAACGUCUACACGCCUUCUCUUCCUGGAAAUUCCAAUUCCUUCAAGCCGGUGAUGUUUUUCAUUCAUGGUGGUGCCUUUGUUGGAGGCUCUGGAGACUCAUUCUAUUAUGGACCUGAUUAUUUUGUGAACGAAAAUGUGGUUUUAGUUACUAUUAAUUAUCGUUUAGGAGCUCUGGGGUUUUUAAGCACUGGCGAUUCUGCUGCAGCAGGAAAUAUUGGCUUGAAAGAUCAAAUUGCUGCACUAAAAUGGGUGAAGGCAAAUAUAGCUAGGUUUGGAGGUGAUCCAGAUAAUGUGACAAUCUUUGGAGAAAGUGCAGGCGCUGUAUCAGUUCAUUACUUAAUACUAUCUCCUCUGGCUAAAGGAUAUUUUCACAAAGCAAUAUCUCAAAGUGGAUCCUCAUUAAAUCCUUGGGCUUUUCAGCCAGAUCCUCGCAAAUCAGCUUUUGAACUAGGCAGAAAGUUAGGCAUUACAACAACAAAUUCAAAAGAACUAGUUCUGGCGCUGCAGAAUAUUCCAGUUUUUGAUAUUAUGAGAGUUCAACCUGGAACUUUAUCCACCAGCAUCCCAAGAGGGCUUGUUCCACAGCCAUUUGUACCUUCAGUUGACGCGUUUGCGAAUAAUUCUGAAAUAGUGCUUCCAAAAACGCCUAUAGAAAUUAUAAAAAGUGGUGUGUACAACAAGGUGCCUUAUAUUUGCGGUUUUAACAGUCAUGAGGCUUUUAUAAUGCUUCCAGAACUCCAAUUGGAUUCUUUGGUAUUUCCUACGCUCAACCAAAAUAGAGAGUUGCUCAUUCCAUUCUCUUGGAACUUACCAAAAGAAAGCAAAGUUUCUAAGUUGAUUGCAAAAGAAAUUUGGAAUUUUUAUUUUCAAGGAAAAUCUUUAUCCAAAUCAAAAGACAUGAGCCUCCGAUGGGUAGAUUUUAUGACUGACCAAAUGUUUGUUGUUGGCAUUGAUAAUACAGUAAAGUUGCAAUCUGAAACAUCAUCAACACCGAUAUAUUAUUAUAAAUUCAGUUUUGAUGGUGAUCUUAAUCUUGCAAAAGCGUUGCUUUUUAUAAAGUAUAAAGGUGCAUGUCAUACAGAUGAAUUAUUCUAUUUAUUUAAAGUCGCCGGUUUGCCAUUGCCUUUGUUACCAAUUAACCCUGCUGCAAUAACUUUACGAAGAAUGGUUCGAAUGUGGACUAAUUUUAGCAAAUCUGGCAAACCUACCCCUUAUCGAGAAACACUUUUAAACAAUGUUAUUUGGCCUAGAAUAACAAAGACAAUAAACUAUCUUGAUAUUGAUGAAAAUUUUGUACUUGGUGUAAAUCCUUAUAGUGAUCGUAUGACAUUUUGGAAUAAUUUAAAGAAAUUAUAUAACUCAUGA